AUGUGGACUAGGCUGUCAAAAGGAAUGUUGGAGAUGGUGGUAGUGGUGGCUUGGGCAAUAUGGGAGGCUAGAAAUGCUUUGGUUUGGAAUCAGAAAGGUACCAACCCAAAUUCACUUGUGCAACAGGCCCGAUCUUGUGCUAUAAAUUGGCAGAUGAUUGCGAAGGGAAAUGACCAGCACGACGACACCAUACUGGGGGAAGUUAUGUUUGCCAAAGAGGGGAUGCAUACGGUCCGUGAAGCCGAAGCUAUGGGAACUAGAGAAGCUUUGAGUUGGAUAAAGGAGAAGGGGUGGAAGAGAGUUAUUCUUGAGACCGAUGCCCUGAUUGUCACUCAAGCUGUCGCAGGGGGAAAUAAUAUAUCUCCCUUUGGCUCUAUUAUUGAAGAUAUUCGAGAAUUGAUGCGGCAACUUCCUAUGGUCUGUUUCCGGUUUGUACCUAGAAGGAAGAAUAUGGUGGCUCAUACCCUUGCAAAGCAUGCUCUAAAUUGUGUUGGGACUCAAAGAAUUGAGCUUUAUGAUUAUAUUCCUCGUUUUUUGCCUAUUCUUGUUUCUAAGAAUACUGCUUCUACUUAA